AUGACAAACAAACAUAAAGAACAUGAAUGGACUGUAGACGAGGAAAUUGCACUUCUUCGGGCGGUUUGCAAGUACCGGCCAAUUGGAAUACAUAAACAUUUCCGUAUUAUUUCAAUAAUGCAAGAAAUGAACUCUUUUAUGAUAAAAUCAGCGGAUAUUUGGGAAAAAUUGAAGACUUUAUACAAUCUUGAACUUCUGGAUGAAAUUUCAGAACGCUUUAGAAAUGGAAAGGAUAACCAAAGAAAAGAAGAUUUGGCACAGGAACCGUAUUUUACAGAAUUUCUUUUACCAUGGGAAGAAUAUGGUGAAAUUAUGGAAGAACAUAGAAGAGCAAGCAAUAGUACAUCAACAAGUCCUCCCCAUUUGCCCCACGGGGUAUAUGAAGCAGAUCGAGGAGCUGAAGAAGGUUCAGAGAUUGAAACACUUCAAACAGAAAGUCCGGAACCGGAAGCAACAGAUGAUGAUUUUCAAUUUUAUACAACAAAAAAUCUAAAAAAGAAAUAUUUAGCCUUACGAAUUAUGCGCCGAAUGCCAAAGAAGACAGAAAAACAAGUCUUAACGUCGGAAAAGAAUCAUUCUUCAAAUGCAUCUUCUAACACUCGUACAUCAAGGUCUGAAAAAAUUACACAGAACACUACUUCGAAUACACGUCGAAGUAAUCGAAAUAAACGUUGA